AUGUUUCGUUGGUCUUCCAAUUGUGACAAGAAUCCGUGGAGAACAGACUCAGUGUUCCUCGGACAAUCUAUCUAUCUAAUUCUGUUCUUAUCUAUCUAUCUAUCUAUCUAUCUAUCUAUCUAUCUAUCUAUCUAUCUAUCUAAUUCAUUUGGUGGGGGGUCUAUUAAAUCAGGUUAUGGAGGAGCAGAAGAUAAGUACGAAGAAAAGCGUCAAGAUAACCAUAAACAUUUACAGAAUAAAUGUAUGUAUAUAUAUAUAUAUAUAUAUAUAUAUAUAUAUAAUUGUGUUCUUAUCUAUCUAAUUCUGUUCAUAUCUAUCUAUGUAUCCAUCUAUUUAUCUCAUUCUGCUCAUAUCUAUCUAUCUAUCUAUCUAUAUAUCUAUCUAUCUAUCUAUCUCUGUCUAUAUCAAUCUGUUCAUAUAUAUCUACCUAUCUCAAUCUGUUCAUAUUUAUCUAUCUAUCUAAUUCUGUUCUUAUCUAUCUAUCUAUCUAUCUAUCUAUCUAUCUAUCUAUCUAAUUCUGUUCAUAUCUAUCUAUUCGUCUAUCUCAUUCUGCUCAUAUCUAUCUAUCUAUAUCUGUCUAUAUCAAUCUGUUCAUAUCUAUCUACCUAUCUCAAUCUGUUCAUAUUCUAUCUAUCUAUCUAUCUAUCUAUCUAUCUAUCUAUCUAUCUAUCAUUUAUACCCAACCGGGUAACGCCUUAUAAAUCAUUGCCUUCUUCAGGAUGUUUUUUCUUCUUCUUUUCCUGCCAUUAUUUUCUGUGUCUACCCAUCAGUCAAUUUAUCUAUCCAUUUUCCCGAUAA